CCACACACCCCACACCCCCAUACUGCUGUGCCUCCCACUGCCCCAUAGAGGCAACAUGUGUCUCCUGCCUCCCUGCUGUGCUGUGUAACAUCGGUAUUUGCUGCGCCCAUGUGUCCCUCCGAUGACAAAGUCAAUGACCGCACUAAUGCCAGGAUGGAAGGAGAGGGAAGCCCUGUGGAAAUCCAAGCAGCACCAAUUGGUACCACAGCUGUUCCUGUGUCACCGAUUUCUCCAGUCUCACCCACUGAAGAAAAGCGGACACCCGUGGAUAGAGAUGGUCUUCCUGUCAAUGUGCCCGUCAUAAGCCUUGGCCACAGCAAGAUGGCAUUGCGUCCAGAGCUCACUACCUUGCGCCCUGUACCAUCUCUGAUGUUGUCUUUGCCUGGCAUACGAACUCCUUUGUUCACUCCACAGUACCACCCUCAUCCUUAUAUGACCAGCCCGUAUCUACGUGCCUCUAGCCUUUUCCCCAUCUUCUCUGGACGCUUCAAGAGAAGGAGUCAUCCUGACAUCCCAGAAGUGCCAUUCUUAGGUCGUCAGCCGCAGAAAGUUGCUCGUCGGGUCUUCACUAACAGCCGGGAGCGCUGGAGGCAGCAGAAUGUGAAUGGGGCCUUUGCUGAAUUGCGCAAACUGAUCCCUACGCACCCCCCAGACAAGAAACUGAGCAAGAAUGAGAUCCUGCGUCUGGCCAUGCGAUACAUCACCUUCUUAGUUACGUUAUUGGGGGACCAACGCAGCUCCCCCCCAAAACAGUCUCCUGCUAAGAGAAGAAUCCCACUCCCUGUCCUGGACUUACCCUCAAGGGACAAGGAAAGCAAGAGAGCGGCUGUUAUCCAGCUAAAACAAACCAAUCAACCAUUACCUACAAUUAUCAACUAUGAGAAAAGUAUAAACGGGAAUGUAGAACCGACAGUUGCACAAACGGAAGAUUCCCUGAUUGAAGGGCAAGCAGUCCCGAUACCAGCAGAAACCCAGACCUCUGAUGACCGGUUCAUGGACAUCUCUUCUAUAAUCGAGAGAUUCGAUGCAAAGGAAGCCAAGUUACUGAAACUACUGGACUCGGUCUCAGCCACAAUUAAUGACAUCAGAAAAAUUGAAGAGAAGAUAAAGGACACUGAGAGUCGCCCAUCUGACAUCUCUUAUUUAGAGGAAUUGAACAGGAAUAUCUCUAAGGAGGGUACAAUCUCCAAAUACCUCUUCUGGUCAUGUGUAUUUGUAUCGGGUGCUUUGAUGUUCUCCCUGUGUCUGAAUAUAAAGUUGACCAGGAAGAACAAGGCUAUUGCUCGUGCCAAAGAAGCGAGGCCAAGUGUAGCAGCUCAGACUGACUUCCAAACGGAACGUGCACACCCAUUGCUUCAAGACAUGCUGAAGGCGCUGGACGAUAGCGGAGAAAGCGAUGAUGAGUCUGAUUUAGAGGGUGUUGACAUGGAAGAUACCAAGAAACGUAAAAAGAAACGCUUUUGUUUCAAUGUGCGUAAAUAUUUUGGCAAUUGUUUAAAACGGAGAAAUAAGAAGAAAAAGACAAGUGUAAACUUGCACCAUGAGACAUCAAAUGAGAGUGAGGAAUAUCUGAGCGAGAUUUCAGAUGAAACCGAGGAAAGCUAUAAUGUGUAUUCCAGUUCAAGCGAGGAAACAACAGAUUCAACAUCAAUUGAAACGGUGGGAAGCGAUGAGUCCAUAACUGCAUCCCCAGGAAAGAAGAAGAAACGCGGCUUUAACGUUCUGCUUUGCGGUAAAAAAUGUAAAACCCUUGACUCUGAUGACAGAGAAAGUAGCAAGGGCAAAAAGAAAUACAUAGGGCUUAAACUUGGAAAAUAUUUCUGCCGUUAUAAACGAGCAAAGAGGAAGAGAAGAGAGAAGACAAAGAAAUGUUUAUGGCGUUGGUGCCACCAUAAAGCAUCAGGUGAAGAAGAAGAGAGUCCGUACGAGACACCUGAUGAGAGUGAGGAAAGUAGUGAUGAGACUUUGGAUGUAACCGAGAAAAGUUAUGAUUAGACAACAUCAUAUGAAACAAUAGAAAGUGAUGAGUCCAUAUAUGUACCAGCAAGGGAAAGGAAGAAAAAGAAACUCAGAUGCUGAACAAAAGUUUUCUGUUAAAUCCCAGAAGGCCGGUGAGAUAACUCAGCCAGGAGGACAUAAAGAGGCAAAAGCUGAGAGGGCCAAAAAGAAACAUUUGGGAUUUAAAGUUGGUAAAUAUUUCUGCUGCUGGUCCAGCAAAACUCAUCAAACGAGAUAAAGCCCAGAAUGAUGCG